GCCUUUGUGGGAGGACAGUGGGAGCCCCGGAAAGCUUGCUGCAGCGAGAAGGGACGGGCAGCCUGAGAUUGCAGAGGGCUCUCCCAGCGGCCUUAUGAUGCUCCCUGUGUUCCUUGGCGAACGGGUGCCCCCCGAGACAUUGGCAUCUACUCUGGCCGAGCUGGACAGGUGCCUGCAGCUGCUUGAGGACAAGUUUCUGAAGGACGAUGACUUCCUCGCGGGGCCCUGCAUCUCGGUGGCCGACUUGGUGGCCAUCACAGAGCUGAUGCACCCUGUCAGCGCCGGCUGCCACGUCUUCAAAACCCGCCCCAAGCUGGCGGCCUGGCGCCAGCGCGUGGAGGCGGAGGUCGGGGAGGACCUCUUCCAGGAGGCCCACGAGGUGGUCAUGAAGGCCAAGGACCUGCCGCCAGUGGACACUGCCAUGAAGGACAAGCUGAAGCCCUUGGUGCAGGUUUUGUUGUAGUGAGGAGGGGUGGGCCUGCAGCCGAUGGUGGAGACUGGUGUCAAAAUAAAGAGAUGGAGCUGCCCCUCUCCUUGGCCUUG